ACAACGUACACAGGAUUGACUGCUGACGCGUCGGGACCUUGAGAAGAUCGUGCACUGAACAUAAAAGCAUCUCGUACACACAGGAACUGACCUCAAAGCUCACGCUGUAUGCAUUGAGGGAUAUGUAGGCCUUCCGAAUACUGCUUUCACGAAGGUCAAUAUUUACACUUUCCUGGUCUGUGGUUCUUUCAGGAAUACUUCCAGCAUAGGCAAAUGCUUUUCCUGCGUAUAGUCCCCUCUCUGGCGUUUGGCUGUCGAGGACCCUCUUUGCUGAAAAACUGUAACUGGCUCCUUCGUGGCUUCCCCCGCAUCCCGCAUGGAUGUAGCCAGGUGCACGUCGGACGGACAGCGGCACUCCAUAAUUGCCGCGCUUUGUCCACACUGCCCGGCACCCAAACUGUCUCGAAGCCUGUUGACCAUCACUCUCAUAACUUUACCCUCAUUUACACAUUUCCAGCUAUAAAGGUCCUCAGAGUAAUAUCUCGGCUUAAACUGUUUCAAACUGGAAUCACUUUUCUUCUGCUUCCACCUGUACAUUACCUGUACUUUCAGGGCCAAGUCACAUACAACCUGAUGUGUUACAGCACUGGAAUUGCAGUCUUUGCUGCUAUCAUGCUUUACUCACUUAGUCACUACCUCAGGCGAUUUGUGGGCAUGAUGUAUUUGGAUGACUCCAAAACCACACUGAAGGUAUCCCACCUCACCUUCUGGGGCUAUCGACAUGACAUCUACCUGCCUGUAUCUGAUGUUAUGACACUUGGAGACACUGGUGAUUCCAGAAAUGAACCUCUACUUCGCUUGAAGCGCUACAGCUGUCCGGACACCUUGUAUUUCUCCACACGGCUGGGACGUGUUGUGGACAAACAGGCCUUUGAGAUGGUCUUUGGAAGUUUCUCAUAA